AUGGAGAGGAGCCGCGCCGGGCGGGAGCCCCAGCCCCAGGGUAAGCCAGAGCCAGCAGGGAAGCCACCAUCCCCGAUGGGAGACAGCACGCCCACCCCAACCUUGUCACCCCACACGCCUGGGGAUGCCCUGCAGGGAGGGCACACCCCCCGACAGCUUGACCAAGCCGUCCCUCCAGCCGUGGUCCCCUCCAGACAGCCCAUCUUGCCUGUUAUUCCAGCCACCACGCCCUCCCAGAAGACCACCUCACCUGUCCCUGCUGCUGUGACCCCCUCCAGGCAGCCCAUCUGCCCCCCUGCCGUGACACCCCCUCCAGAGAGCAGCACCCCACAGCAUGACCGACCUGUCCCUGCAGCCAUGACACCGUCAGGACAGCCUGUGUCCCCCAUCCCUGCUGCUGUGGCCCCUUCAGCAGAGAGUGUCCCCCCUUGGGACAAGUCCCCUCCUGGGCUCCCCCAGCCCCCUGUGACAAAGCACCCCAAAGAAGAGGCAUUGCCCCACGCCAGCAGCCAGCAUGGCCCCAUCCACACUGCGACUGCUGCCCCUUGCCCAGCAGAAACGUUGCCCCAUGCUGUCCCAGCCCCAGCUGCCAGUGAAGCAGCCCCCUCCGAUACCAAGAGCCCCCCGGGUGGCACAGCUGGGCCCUCAAAGGAUGUGACUCCCCGGAGUGACCGCCCCUCCCCAGCUGCAGCCUCACCUGCUCCUGCUACCAGCACCAAGUCCAAACAAGAUACUCAGAAAGCCCAAGCAAGGCACAAGCAAGCGAAGGAGCGACGCGAGGAGAGGGCCAAGUACCUGGCUGCCAAGCGGGUGCUAUGGCUGGAGAAGGAGGAGAAGGCGCGGCUGCUGCGGGAGAAGCAGCUGGAGGAGCGGCGCAAGCGCCUGGAAGAGCAGCGGCUGAAGGCGGAGAAGCGCCGGGCGGUGCUGGAGGAGCGGCAGAGGCAGAAGCUGGAGAAGAACAAGGAGCGCUAUGAGGCAGCGAUCCAGCGGUCAGCCAAGAAGACGUGGGCAGAGAUCCGGCAGCAGCGGUGGUCCUGGGCUGGGGCCCUGCACGGCUCCCCUGCACACAAGGAUGGUGCGAGCCGCUGCUCAGUGUCCGCUGUAAACCUCCCCAAACACGUCGACUCUAUAAUCAACAAGCGGCUCUCCAAAUCCUCUGCCACCCUCUGGAACUCUCCCAGUAGAAACCGGAGCUUGCAGCUGAGCCCAUGGGAGAGCAGCAUCGUGGACCGGCUGAUGACGCCCACCCUGUCCUUCCUGGCACGCAGCCGGAGCGCCGUGACGCUGGCUGGGAAUGGCAAAGAGCAGGUGCCGGUGUGCCCUCGCUCAGCCUCUGUCAGCCCCCUCAGCCCCUGCCACAAUCACCGCCUGCAGCACCGCUGCUGGGAGAGGCGGAAGGGCACCACUGCCAGCCCCGAGGUCACGCCGCGCCGCAGGACCGAGUCCUCACCCAAGAAGAAGGAGAAGAAGGAGAAGGAGCGGGAGAACGCCAAGGAGCGCAGCGCCCUGUCCCACGAGCGCAGCCUCAAGAAGAGGCAGCCACUGCCAGGGGCACAGCCCCGGCUGCCGCCCACAGCGGACAGCAGGUAGAGACCUGCUGCCCGGGGGCUGCCCAGCCCUCUGUUCCCUGCCCCACUUCCAUGGGGCCCUGGCCCCAAGAACCGUCCCUCAUCCCCUGCCACCCCCAAAGCCCGCCCAGCAUCCCCCAGCCCAGCCCUGGGCUCUCCCCACAAGCCGCCCCUGCCCCGCAGCACCCACUCCUCUCCCAAGGUGCGGGCCAGGGCCCGGGAGGAGCGGGGGGAGCAGGAGGGCCAAGUGAAGGCACGUGAUAAGAAAGAGGAGGCACGGAGCCCGGCACCCCCAACCCUUCCUGAGCCCCCCAAGGUAUCCACAGAGCCCCCCAAGGUGCCCACAGAGCCAGCAGCAGCCCCUCCAGCCCCUGCAACCCCCAGCCCUGUGCCAGCCACCCCCCCAGCCCGACCCUCAGCUGGCACCACAGACCGGGAGGAGGCUGCCCGGCUGCUGGCAGAGAAACGUCGCCAGGCCCGCGAGCAGCGGGAGCGUGAAGAGCGGGAGCGCCGUGAGCAGGAGGAGCGGGAGAGGCGGCUGCAAGAGGAGCGGGCACAGGAGGCAGCAGAGGAACAAAGCCGCAGGGAGGCCUUGGCACGACGGCGAGAUGAGGAGCGGCGGCUGCAGGAGGAACGCGAGGCCCAGGAGAGGGCACAGGCUGAGCGGGAGGAGACGGAGCGGCUGCAGAGACAGAGGGAAGAGGCUGAGGCAAGGGCGCGGGAAGAGGCUGAGCGGCAGCGCCUGGAGCGGGAGAAGCACUUUCAGCGUGAGGAGCAGGAGCGGCUGGAGAGGAAGAAGCGCCUGGAGGAGAUCAUGAAGAGGACACGCAAGUCAGAUGCAGCAGAUACCAAGGUGGUGCCCCUUACUGCUCUCCUCUCCCUGCAGAAGAAGGAGGACAAAAAGGUGGUGAAUGGGAAAGCAGCCGAACCAGAGGAUGUCCGAGGCUGCGAGAAGCGUGUGGGGCCGAUGCCAAAGGAGGAGGAACUCCCUGAGACACAGACACCAAGCACGGGGACUUCAGGGGGGCCAAAGGGUCUGGUGGGUGAGGGGCUGCAGCCAAGCUCCCCAGCCAAGGAGGUGGCAUCCCCAGCAUCACUGGUGAAUGGUGUGCAGCCCAGCAAGCAUGAGAACGGCUUCUCAGGCACAGAGGGCUCCCAGGAGCUGCUGGAGCUCUCCCACCACAGCAGCAGCCCAGCAAGCAUCAUCCCCUUUGGUGACAAGGAGCCUUUCCUCAAGCAGGCUGUGGUUAAGCCCCCCCAGGUGACAGAGGUGCUGUGAGGGCCAGAGCUGGG